CCAAGCUUCUCUUCUCUUCUCUUCUCUUCUCUUCUCUUCUCUUCUCUUCUCUUCUCUUCUCUUCUCUUCUCUUCUCUUCUCUUCUCUUCUCCCCUCCCCUCCCCUCCCCUCUCCAUCUUUUCAGCAGAUCCUAAUCCAGACCACUAUCUAAAUAAAGUCGUCACUUCUAUUCGCUAUAUUAGUUUUUCUUCUUUCCAAAAGCUCUUACGUUCUGCUUUCCCCUUCUCUUUUCUUUCUCUUCUUUUGGUAUCCUUUCCGUACCCAGAAUCUCUUGCUCCACUUUCGGAACCUCAGUUUUUGUACUAACAACCCUCCCUCCCCAUUCGUUGCCUUUCGUUUUCCCAUCCAUGGUCCACUCUCCUAUAAUCUCUUCUAUCCGCCCGUCCCCCCCUCCCCCUCCCGACUCUCAGCUCACACAGGUCGCGAUUCCCUUAAUCUCACGCCGGGCGCUGUAGCGCACUCUCGCGUCGCUCUCCGUGGUGCUGAAACCCCAACCUUGGGCGGCGUCCGGGUUUUCGGGACAGGAAAAGUUCGCGCCGACGAUCUGAGACAGCUCUGGCGCUCCGAGCCGCCGCCUCCGCAGAUCCCUUGCCAGAGACUGAUCCCCUAGUGGUUAGGUGCUUGCGGAAGCGCGGGGAGAGAGUGGGACCCUCCGCAGCGUCCCACGCAGGGCGCGGGUACUAGUGCGCGGAGGCAGAGCUGCCCCCAUGACGCUUCAGGCCGUGUUGGUGGAUCGGGCAGGGCGCCAGGCGGCAGCGCCGUUGAUGGUCGCAUCCCCACGCACCGCUCCUCAAGUUGAGAGAUCUCGAGGGUCUUAGAGAAAACCCAGAGAUCGGUGGAGAGAAGGGGAGGAAGAAGAGCUAGGAAGGACAGAGUAGGGAAGAAAAGAACGAGGAUCGAGGGAAAGGGGAAAGAAGCCCACGAAACGAAAAAAAAUAAAGGCAUCGGGCGAGAGGAACGGGUUGAGAUCGCUGUGCAACCCCGUGUCUCCCCAAGAAGCCUUCCUGAUGUUGUGGCGGAGUCUGUAACUGUUCACCUCCGUGUCUCCAAAGGUGACACUGGGAAAGGAGAGGGGCAGGGGCGUCCCAGCGCUUCUUACUUUUACCAAGGAAGCAAAACAUCAUGGAGUUUCGAAAAGAAGAGUUUAAGAAGUUGACUGGAAGGACCUUGGGGCAGAUAAACAGAAUUCUAGAACGGAAGCAACCCGGCAGGGAGACCAUCGAGCUGACAGAAGAGGGGCGGCCUGUUGAAGUGACCGAGAAGACCCAGCCCGUUAUAGACUGCACCUGCUUUGGCCUGCCUCGCCGUUACAUCAUUGCCAUUCUCUGCGGUCUGGGUUUCUGCAUCAGCUUUGGCAUCCGAUGCAACCUGGGUGUGGCCAUUGUCAGCAUGGUUAAUAAUAACACCGUCUACGAAGGGGAUAAAGUCAUUGUGAAGAAAGCUGAGUUCAACUGGGAUCCAGAGACAGUAGGCAUGAUCCACGGGUCAUUCUUCUGGGGUUACAUCGUCACUCAGAUCCCAGGGGGGUUCAUAGCACAGAAAUUUGCAGCUAACAGGGUUUUUGGCUUUGCCAUUGUGGCAACCUCUACUUUGAACAUGCUGAUUCCCUCAGCUGCUCGGGUCCAUUUUGGCUGUGUAAUGUUUGUGAGGAUCCUACAAGGUCUUGUUGAGGGAGUCACCUACCCAGCAUGCCAUGGUAUUUGGAGCAAAUGGGCACCCCCUUUGGAACGUAGUCGCCUGGCCACAACAGCUUUCUGUGGUUCUUAUGCAGGGGCGGUGGUGGCCAUGCCUCUUGCUGGGAUUCUAGUUCAAUAUUCAGGAUGGAGCUCUGUAUUCUAUGUCUAUGGGAGCUUUGGUAUUUUCUGGUAUUUAUUCUGGCUGAUGGUUUCCUAUCAGAGUCCGGCCAAGCACCCAACCAUCACGGAGGAAGAGAGGAAGUACAUAGAGGAGAGCAUCGGAGAGAGCACUACCCUGAUGAAUCCCCUGAUGAAAUUCAAAACUCCAUGGCGUCGAUUCUUUACAUCCAUGCCAGUGUAUGCCAUUAUUGUAGCCAAUUUUUGCAGAAGUUGGACAUUUUAUUUGCUCUUAAUCAGCCAGCCAGCCUAUUUUGAAGAAGUCUUUGGCUUUGAAAUCAGCAAGGUGGGGAUGCUCUCUGCUUUGCCCCACUUGGUUAUGACCAUCAUUGUACCCAUUGGAGGCCAAAUUGCUGACUUCUUGCGCUCGCGAAGACUUAUGUCUACCACUAAUGUCCGCAAGAUGAUGAACUGUGGGGGGUUUGGCAUGGAAGCCACAUUGCUCUUAGUAGUUGGUUAUUCCCACAGCAGAGGGGUGGCGAUUUCUUUUCUCGUCCUGGCUGUGGGUUUCAGUGGCUUUGCUAUUUCAGGAUUCAAUGUCAACCAUUUAGAUAUUGCCCCCCGAUAUGCCAGUAUCUUGAUGGGCAUCUCCAAUGGUGUGGGGACCCUGUCAGGCAUGGUGUGCCCACUCAUUGUUGGAGCAAUGACUAAACAUAAGACACGAGAAGAAUGGCAGUAUGUUUUCCUCAUUGCCUCUCUAGUACAUUAUGGUGGUGUCAUCUUCUAUGGGAUUUUUGCUUCUGGGGAGAAGCAACCCUGGGCUGAGCCAGAAGAAUUGACUGAAGAGAAAUGUGGCUUCAUCAACGAGGAUGAACUGGCUGAUGAGGAAGAUGAAGCUGCCCGCAUGGGAGCAGGAGCAGGCGGCAGCGGUUAUGGGGCCACUAAAAGUACCAGUUUCGCCAAUGGAGGUUGGACGGCUGACUGGGACAAAAAGGAGGAAUAUAUACAGGAGCCUGGGAAAGAUUCCUAUAUGUAUGGUGUGCCAGAACAACGAGACUUGUUGUAGGGAACCCCAUCCUCCACCCUGGUGUGAUGAUGGGGCCUUAGUUAUAAUCCACUGGAGUGAGAAGAAGGCUUCUUGAUCAGCCUUCUUCUCUAUCUUCCAUUACUUUACCAUCCUGUCCUACAACCUCCAUCCCAUUUCUGAUGUGUUGGCAACCAAUGUCUGGACCCACUGAAAAUUGCCCUUCCCAGCGGUCUGUUACACCUCAGUAAUGCUCCACAAGCACUUACUUUCAAACCUUUACCCUUCCUUGUGUACAGGCCACUGUACCUCCAAAUUGUCCAUUCCUGCUCUAGGCUGAUGCUCUUUCACCCAAGGGGUUGAGUUAAAUUCCACACACCCAUUGCUCUUGAUUCUAUCCCACAGUCCUUGACUGAAAAGCUUUGGGAUCACAGUAAAGACACUGUAACAUCAUCUACUGAGUAUGAAAUGAAAACAUAGCUUAUGAAUAAACCGCUCCCUUCACAUGCAUAAGACCCCAGAUUUAAUCCCUAGGCCAAGUGAACCAUAGGAAACAAGUUGAUAUUUUGGUUUCCCCUCUGGACUUCUACUAAUUAGGAAGUGGGUUGGCAUUAACUCCAGCUGUUUAGUUUCUUACCUGGAUAGCCUUGUGGUACAUCUCAUCCUUUCAGUACCUUAAACUUUGCCUUAGACCCUUCUGAUUCUUAGAAAUAAAUUAGAUCAUGUUCUCCUGGGGACUUUAAUACUUUAGGUAUACUCCAUCUCCCUCAACAUCUUAUGCCUUUAGCACCUAAGCACCAGCCAUCAUCCUGAAUUGAAGACAGGGGAAGAUGUUCACAGUAUUAGGAUAAUCGCUUACUCCCAUGUUUUAAAAAAUAGUCCAGUUUUCUGCUGUAAUCUAUAGGCUUCCAACAUGCACCCAGGCAUUUCCAAAUACUGUAUUAUGCAUUUCAGCAUUUUUUUCCUGAGCUGUAAAUGAUUUUUAUGCUUAAUGGGUUGGUAUUUUUUGGUGUAUACUGUAAAUCACUUUCUGUGUAACAAUAUCAAAUUAUCUCUCUCCCCUCCCCCACCUUUCUUCUACUGGUAGCUUUAAAAAUAUCCUGUACUUGAUGGCUAUAGUCUCUCCUUGCCCAAUCCACCACUUGGAAUUUGUUUUGUUGCAGGUUUUUUUUUAAUGUAUAGCAUUUCAGACUUAUUUAAUGCACUUUAUAUUCAAACAAGGAUAAAAAAUCUAGGCUUUCUUCAACAACAAAAACUUCAGAUGGCAAUAUUAUACUAUUCUUUAAUAAUAAUUUUAUUAAAAAUUGCAACUUUGACAGUAAGAACUACUACCAACUAAAAAAGAAAAAUAGAGUGUGCAAGAAAAAAAAUAGAAAAAAUAGAAAAAGAAUAUAGUAAAACAGAAAUAUAUAAAGAAAAAUGUAUCACCUCUUAAAAUACAACAAAUGAUCUCUUCUACCCAUAUCCCAUCUCUUACGUAUAAACAAUUUUUUAGAAUGUCAUUAUUUCAGUCCAGAUCAGAAAAAAAUCCAUUAAGUGUUACCAGAGAUAACAACAUAUCUAUUUUUUUAGCUUGGAUCAAAUAAACCAACUUUAUAUUCCUUCCUUGAAUUCUUAGCAAUCUUAAUCUUUAGCCCUUUCAAAUAAUGUCCAAAAAAAUUUUAUUGUCUUUUUCUUUUGUCUCUUCUCAAAGAAGUCUUCAAAGCUUUAAGAAGCUUCUUUUGUAAAUUUAAUAUGGGAAGAUUAUCCCAGUCACUCUUCUGCUUUGUUAUCUGUAUACCCCUUCUAAUUAUUAUCUGCUUCUUUUGUAUGUCCAGCAUAGCAUCAUUUUCUAUAUCAUUUUUGAAGCUUUUAAAUUCAGUUUCAGAUCAAUCCCAGUCUUGUCUGAUAAAAUUAGUUCCUCUAUUAUAACAUUUUUUAAACUAUCUAUUAAUAGAAGCAGACACUCUUAACUUCUGGAUCCAUUGUUCAAAAAUAUCCUUCAAUAAGUCAAAAAAUAUUUUGUUCCAUUAUGUAAGUCAAAUUUAAAUGUUCUUCUUUACGUGUUAUAUUUAAUUCCUUCUGGUGCCCUCUAGCGUAACUUUCAAAGAUUCAUUCUAUCAUUUUUUUCCCAAGAAUUCAAAACCAAAAGUAUUUCCCUACAGGAGGAGUUCUUAUAAUUAAUUCCAAAAUCUUAUUUCAAGUCCAUCUGGACCCUUAGUCCAUUUGUAACUUUCUAAGAAAAUCAAAGUCUUAAUCACAAUUUUACUAUUUAUUUCAGAAAAAAAGUCCUUGUAUUGUAUUACAAGUUUGUUAUAAAACUUGUAUUUAAAAUUUCUUCCUCUAUAGAUUUAAGGAAAUUCAUCUGUUGCUGAAAAAACCUGGUAAUGCACUUUCCUAAUAGAUGAAAACCAGUUAACAAGCAAUUUCCAAAAGUAAUUAGAAAAAGAAGCACUCAAACCCUGUUUCCUUAAAGGUACUGACCACGGGUUGAGCAAGGAAGCUAUUCCCUUGGCUCUAAACCUACUGGAGAUCAGUCUUGCAGUAUCUUCAUAAGAAUCAACUGUCUGGAGCAUUUAUGGCCAUCUCAAGUCAUUUCUUUGUCCAGAGAGGAAUUACAAAGAGCCGGUUUACUCACCAGUUCUUCAUUCUGCUGUGGUGGUCGAUUCUUUUGCCAUUUCUUCCCCAGGAGGCAACAUUAUAUCCUAAAACUCUAAAAUAUUUCAGAGCAGAACAGAAUAACAGAGUUGGAAGGGACCUUAGAGGUCUUCUAAUCCAACUCCCUGCUCAAGCAGGAGACUAUGCCAUUGCAGACAAGUGGCUGUCCAAUCUCUUCUUAAAAGGCUCCAGUG